UGAGCUGUGUAAGUUGGAUUAUUUCCUAUUCUAAUUUAUUCAACUUCAUCUUCAACUAGCACUUUCAAUUCCUAACUGAGCACUCACACUCUUCCUCCCUAAAUCGCGAUUCGCAACCCCCUUCAACCCUCUCCUCGAUAUGCCUCUCCAACCCCUUUUCCUCUUCUUUCCACUCUUCUUGGCCGUCCUCGCAUCCCACACACUCCAACCACAUAAAUUCCCCACCUUCCCACCUGCCCAAGUCUCCGCCCUCUCAGGACGUAUGAUGGCGAAGCCAGGCCGGAUAUCCCAGCUGCAACUCGCAUUGAACAACGAAGUCUGUGUUUGUGAGAAGGGGUUGAGAUGCUGUGGGAGCUUCUGUGAGUGCGACUUGGAGUGCGGAGGGGAGGUGGGGGAGUGGGAGUGCUUGCUGUGAUAGAGGAGCGAGAAAGCUUAUCGGAGGCGAAGGGAAAGGGGACCUGGAAACAGAACACGGAAAGAGGAGAAGGGAACUAUCUAGGGUCGGUGGCAUUGCAGCCUAGUGCACUUGGCGCAUUAGCGAAGAUGUGAUGUACCAUGAUUGUGAGGUCCGAAGGACGAAAAACUUAUUCAGAAUGCGAGUACACCAAGAACAAGUAUCUUGUGUCUGUUCGUCGCAGAUAUCUUUCUGUCGCCGAAAUCCCAGAUCGAUUGCUUCUUUCGGCAGACCAUCCUUCUCUGCCUCAAUCAUCAUCAAUGGGAAUGCUGUUUGGAGCGACAGCAACAGCAGGCGCCGCCGGUUUCUUCGCCUGUAGCAGUCUGCCUGUCAAUCCGUACAGUACACAGGAAGAUGGA